UAGAAGUAAGCUAACAUCAAACACGUAAACUCAUAUUUGUGUUUAUUAACCCAACUAAGACACUAGUAGCAGUUAGGCCACUGGCGAGACAUAUUAAGUGAGAAUAACAAGUUAGAUAAAUUAGUCGAGUUUGUUGAUCAUUUUAUGCUAAGCUAACAGUGCUAACAACGCCUGUGGACUUCCUCAGACUGACAGUCCGAGCCAUGGACCCGGAAGUGCUGUUUGCAUUGCACAAGCCUGCACCUGCAGCCACAUGAUGUCCUGGUUACUGCUGCUGAGCUUCAAAAGAAUGCCUGAAAGGAUAUUACCAGAAGGCUCACCAGCACUUUCUGUCUUUUUCCAUUUUAACGUGAAGAGGCAAGAGGCUGCAGCGCCAAGGGGAGGACAAAGGUGAGAGAGGGACAGAAGAGAAAUAUAUUGAAGAAACGAAACUGCAAGGCACAGCGGUGCAGAGAGAGGGUCUCACAGAAAAGGCCCAUCAACAUGAUGUGCACUUUGGCCAGCAGUCCCAGAGACGGGCCUCAUCAGAGUAAGAAUACAAGUGCAAGGACGUGCCACAGGUCCAAGGGUUGGAGAAGCAGGUGGAGUUCUCAGACCUGGGCUCAGUGGGGUCCGUGAUGAAAACUCUUCCCUAUGGCAUAGGAGGAGGCACAAUGGGAGGAUCGUCAGGAGGAGUGGUGAAGCCUCCAUACCAAACACGUAUCUUCUCCACUUCCAUCGACCAGCCACCUAUGAAAACCAAGCCACCCACCUACAGUGUCUAUAGCCCUUACGACACAGCCCGAAAUCAGUCCCUGAUGCUGGACCAGACAGGAUACCGCUCUAAGCGCAAGCCCUCGCUAAAGACAGCCAUGAAGACCAAGAAGAUCUUCGGCUGGGGAGACUUCUACUUCAACGUCAAGACCAUGAAGUUCAGCUUGUUGGUGACAGGGAAGAUCGUGGACCACAUCAACGGCACGUUCACCGUUUACUUCCGCCACAACUCGUCCAGCCUGGGGAAUGUGUCGGUCAGCAUUGUGCCGCCCACCAAAGUGGUGGAGUUUGAGGUCGUCCAGCAGCAGCAGCAACUACACCCUCACACUCAGCAGGUAGUCCAAAUCCGAGAGACCCAGCAGUCCACCGUCGACCACAAAGAGACAAAGACCUUUAACUGUCGGGUGGAGUACGAGAAGACCAACAGAUCCAAGAAGCCAAAACCCUGCCUGUACGACCCCUCUCAGACCUGCUUCACAGAGCACACCCAGUCCCAUGCCGCCUGGCUCUGUGCCAAACCCUUCAAGGUCAUCUGCAUCUUCAUCUCCUUCCUUAGCAUCGACUACAAGCUGGUGCAAAAAGUGUGUCCGGACUACAACUUCCAAAGUGAGCACCCUUACCUUGGAUAAGAAAGGCAGCUUCAAAUUCAGAGAGAUAAAAUUAGAGACAAUGUUAACGAUAACAACGAUGAUGGUUAUGAUGAUAAUGAUGGAUAUCAUAGUCAUAUUGAUUACGAUGAAGAAGCAGGGGACAGUUUUUUGCCUCUUAACUGCUGUGAAUUGUGGAUUUAAAUCAAGUAUAAUCAGAGUUUUGAAUGGUUAGGAUAUGGCUGAUUUCUCUGACUUAUUUUUCAACUUUGUAUUUGUUAACCUCUGUUUUUAUUUGCUUUUUUCUGUAAAUAAUGUACUCAACCUCAGCACACUUAUUGUUUUUAGAUAUUUGUUUCUCAGUGUUAUUACUUUUUGCAGUUGGAAAAUUCGGUUGAAGACAGCUGGAAUCAGAAUUAUGCCCUCCGAGUACAAGGGGAGCCUCUGAGGCGGCUGUGCUGUGCCACCACUGUACGGCAGAAGUAAUGUUAUGGUAGACUGACUGUUAAUCAUCCUCUCAGCUCUACUUUCCCUGGAUAAAAGAGAGUUAUAUGUAUGAGAAAUGCUAUGCUGGAUAUGCAUACAAUAUACUGUAUG